AUAAUUUCAAACAGUUACUUCCGUUUUGUAAUCCAGCAUGUUUAAUAAUUUAGCGUUAGGUAUUGAAAAAGCUAAAUUACUUUUAGAUGAUCCAGCGUCACUAUGUAUACAAGAAGACAGCGAAGAAGAAAUAGCUAUUCCGCCUGCUUUUAUUGGAAAGUUGAACGAAGGUAUUCGAUUUCGUUUGAAUACUGAAAUCAACACAUUUUCUCAUCGUUUGAAUGGAGUAAUUUUGGCUUAUAAAGACCUGAAAUUGCUUAGUUCUGAAGGAAGAAUACAAGGAGAUCGACCUUUUAUUUAUUUUAAGAUGAAAAUUAGUUACAUUCUGUUCCAGCCAAAAAUUGGAAGUACUUUAACGGGUGUCAUCAAAGAGAUUUAUGCCAGCCACGUAGUGUGUGUUGUGCAUGAACUAUUCAAUGCUACUGUGAUUAAAUCUAGUGAUGACGCUACGUGGAACAUUAAUGCAUUUAGAGUUAGUAAUUUGAUAGAGUUCACAGUUACGGAUUUACACUCAACUCCUAAAUUAUUCUCCAUGAAAGGUAAACUAAUUAGAAGGAUUGAAACAAACUCUCUUGUAAAACAAGAUAAAAAGGCAAAGAAAAGACAUAGGGAUGUAGAAUCUGAAGAUGUAUGUCCUGACAGUGAGAAGUUAAAAAUCGAAAACCAUGAAAUAAAUGGCCACACACUUGAUGUUAUCAAUGACAGCAGUUCUCCUGUGAAGAAAAAAAAGAAGAAAAAGAAAAAAGUGGAUGAAGAUAACUGAUUUGAUCUUUCAUUGAUUUGAAAACCGCUUCAACACCAAACAAAUUGUUUAUUGUGGUGAACACGUCAAACAGCCUUUCAACAUUCACAUUGAUACUACAGACCCACAUCACAUUAAAAAACUGAUAUCACUUCAUCUUUAGGAAGAAAAUAAAUUUUAUAUUUUCUAAA